UUGUGACACAGACUGCAGGGUUCAUACAUGCCUGAGACCGUUGUGAUUCUUCAGCCCAACAUCAGCUUCACCUGCUGCUGCUGCUGCUGCUGCACGAGGUUGUCAUUUUCGCGUCUACAUCAACAUAUUUCGGCCUCAGAAUGACCAAUGAAAACAAAGAAAACUCAGAAGAUGGGCCGAGUAAGAAAGCCUUGAAGAAAGCACAGAAGGCUGCUGAGAAAGCUGCAAAGAAAGCAGAGUAUAAAGCACAAAAUGCAGUACAGGAUGAUGCAACCCAAGUGGAGCAGAAGUAGGGACUGUUCAGUGGGUUUGUAUGGAAACCUAACACUGAAUAAAGUCAAGAGAUAUUUACCAGUUACACACAAGAGUUAAAAGAUCUCGAUGAAGUUUAGCCAUACCAAAAUGUUACAAUUCGAGCACGACUUCAUACAAGUCGUGGCAAAGGAAGACAAGCAUUCUUUGUGUUAAGAAGCUGCGAGCAUACUGUUCAGUGUGUAAUAGCUGUUGGUGAAAUGGUCUCCAAACAAAUGAUCAAAUUUGUUUGCAAUAUUGCCAAGGAGAGCAUCAUUGAUGUGGAAGGCAAGGUUGUGGUGACAGGGCAAAAAAUUGAGUCCUGUAGCAUACAAGACAUUGAAAUUUAUGCCACCAAGGUGUUCGUUGUCUCAGCUUCUGCACAGCGUCUACCAUUGCAGAUUGACGAUGCUAUGCGACCAGAAGCAGAUGAUCCAGAAGGUCUACAAAUUAAGGUAAAUCAGGACACUAGAUUGGACAAUCGUGUCUUGGAUUUGCGGACACCUACAAAUCAGGCAAUCUUUAGGCUGGAAGCAGGAGUUUGCCAUCUUUUCAGGGAAGCCCUCAGGAUGCGAGGUUUUACAGAAAUUAUGUGUCCUAAGCUCAUCUCUUCUGCCUCAGAAGGUGGAGCAAAUGUAUUUGGAAUGAAAUAUUUUGAGAGAGAAGCUUUUCUUGCUCAGAGUCCUCAGUUGUACAAACAAAUGGCUAUUGCAGCUGACUUUGGUAAAGUUUUCACCAUUGGCCCAGUGUUCCGAGCUGAAAACUCAAACACUCAUAGACAUCUAACAGAAUUUGUUGGACUGGAUUUAGAGAUGGCAUUCACUCACCAUUACCAUGAAGCUGUUAAUGUUAUUGGCAAUAUGUUUACAGAGAUUUUUAGAGGUCUUCGUGAUAAUUAUGCUGAUGAGAUUGCCACAGUGAACCAUCAGUUCCCUGCUGAACCUUUUAAGUUUUUAGACCCACCAUUAUGUCUAGAAUUCAAAGAAGGAGUUGCUUUGCUAAAAGAGGCAGGGAUAGAAAUGGAAGAAACUGAAGACCUAAGUACACCAAAUGAGAAACUGUUAGGCCGACUGGUGAAGGCUAAAUAUGAUACUGAUUUUUAUAUAUUGGACAAGUACCCUCUAGCUGUAAGGCCUUUCUACACCAUGCCUGACCCUAACAAUCCAAAAUGGAGUAACUCCUAUGACAUGUUUAUGCGUGGGGAAGAGAUAUUGUCAGGUGCUCAGCGAAUACAUGAUGCCACUUUAUUGGUGGAGAGAGCCAAAGCUCAUGAAAUUCCAAUUGACACCAUUCAGUCUUACAUAGAUUCUUUCAAGUAUGGCUGUCCUCCUCAUGCUGGUGGGGGAAUUGGUUUGGAGAGAGUGACUAUGCUAUAUCUAGGUCUGGACAAUAUCCGCAAGACGUCUAUGUUCCCCCGAGACCCCAAGAGACUUACACCCUAGCUUGGAUGAAAUAUCCAAGUAUUUGCUUGGUUGUCAAAUGUUCAUAACUUAAUUUGAGAAAUAAAAUUAAAGGGUUACAUUUCAUAUGUUUUCUCCUAUUUUUUUAUGAUAAUUUUUCUUGUCGAGAUUUUUAAUGUAAUAAAUAUGAUACUGAUUUUUACCCUAUUUAAUUAAAGCUUUGUGUGAAUUAAUGCAAUACUGUGUAUUGUACGUAUUGCAUACUUUGGUUAUAUUUAUUUUAAUUGCACUUUGUAAUUAGAGUACUGAGUGAGCUGGUGUGGGAAUAAAUUUUAUUAGAAAGUAUUUAGGAGGUUUAAUUUGAAUUCUAAGUGGAAUUAAUCAUUGCAAAAAUAUAAAAAUAUUUUUGAGAUUUUGGGAAAUAUGUGAAUAAUGAUAAUUUGUUAUUAAUAUAAAUGUGUCUGAA